AUGGUUGGGAUAAACACCAGCCUAACGCGUCUCCUUGGCAUCCGAGUACCUGUUGUCGCCGCCCCCAUGGCAGGUGCUAGCUCUGCCAAGCUCGCGGCCCAAGUAUCUCUCGGAGGCGGCUUCGGCUUCACGGCACCAGGGUACGAGUCCGCAGAGACGCUGCGCGAUGACCUUACGUCGAUCCGUGCGAGUUUCCCCAACGUCGGUCCCGGGAAAACGAAUCCGCUGCCCAUCGGGGUGGGCUAUCUGGGUUGGCUGCUAGAAGCCAGUCCCGAUACGGCGUCUGCACUCCUCGAUGCUGCGCUCGAUAGCAACGUGCAGGCUGUGUGGUUCGCUUUUGGCAAUGAUUUGGGCCGGUGGAUCCGAUACGUGCGCGAAGCCGACGCAAAGGCAGCUACGCCCCGAAAGACAACGAUAUUCAUACAGACGUCUUCCGUGCAAGAGGCUCUCACGGCGGUCUCGGAGUGGAAGGCGGAUGUCCUCGUCGCGCAAGGCGUUGAGUCGGGUGGGCACGGCAGCUCUUCUGCUCCUAGUGUUUUUUCCCUCGUAUCUGCAAUUAUCGCAAAUUUACCGCACGAUGGCCCGCCCGUUCUCGCGGCGGGAGGCUUGGCAACUGGAUCGCAAGUUGCAGCAUUGCUCACUCUUGGCGCCGCGGGAGCCGUGUUGGGGACUCGGUUUCUUCUGACCCCAGAGAGCCGCUACUCCGAUGCGCAGAAGGCAGCGCUUAUAGCCGCCGACUCUAACUCGACCGUGCGCACCAUGGCCUUCGAUCAGGCCAGAGGGACCCUGGGAUGGCCGCGCGGAAUUAAUGGGAGGGCUUUGCGCAAUAAGACAGUUGACGAUACGGAAGCGGGCGUACACCUGCAGGAUGUGAAGGACAAGUUUCUCGAAGCGAUCAAGAAUAAUGAUCCCGCCCGCAUGGUGGUGUGGGCAGGCGAAGGCGUGGCUCUCAUGUCCGAGGUGAAGGGCGCAAAGGAUAUUGUGCAGGAGUUGCACAUGGACAUCAUGCAGCGGCUGCGGGCUUCGCAGGCUUUACUGGGGGAAAAUUGA